AUGCGCAAGAAGCAUUGCAUUGUGGGCGUCUACACCGUGCUCUGCAACUUGGAUGUGUCAGGCUUGGGCGCAGGGGGCAUCUCCGGCUUCCUUUACUACCAUGCCACAGAGAACUUGAUUGCAUACAACCACGAUGCAACAGGCGACGGCCGACGUGCCCGCUUUGAGACCUACUGCGCGGCUGUCCAGUCUUGGAAGACCACUGCAAACGAAUUAGACAACUUCUUGUUUUCUGCCCGCUUGGGGGCAGCAGGCCCCGAAGUUCCAUGCACAAUCUCGUCUGUGCCCAACGUCUAUGACCAGAAUGUGUCAGAAAGAUCUGGGGGCAUGUGCAGCGACUACGAGGUGAAAACGGUUCGUUGCAAUGUGUCGGAGCUGAUACCUUCGCCGGUGUUGGAGUCCUUGUAUACGAUAGAGCUCGUCGGCAAAGAGCCUGGUAGGGCAUUCAGCCGAACCAUCGGGCAGGCUGUGGUGCAGAUCCUCACUGAGCGUGUUUGGGACAUGGUUGAUUCUGAUUUUGUCAGCAGCAAGUGCGGCAUGGGAGCAGAUUUCGAUUGCCCGCGUCGCAAUCGACAGCGAAACUGCGAUGACCUGCAAGGACGGCCAAUGGAUGACGAGGUUAUGCAAUGCAAAGCGCAGCAUCGUCUUGCCAUCGCAACCCAUGAGAUGGCGCCAUGCUGGGUGAUGCAGCCAAGCCUGGAGGCCGAGAAGACCUUUGACUUUGCCAACAUGCAAUGGCCGCAACCUCACGAGUCUGUGAAUCCCAUGACUUCGGACUACCCCUUUCGGUGCACAGUGGGCGUGGACGACUCUGGUCAGAAAUUCAUCCAGCACAUGACUGGCGCUUCUUUGGAUGCGUGGCCGACGUCAGAAUCUGCAAUGCUGGAAAUUCUGGGUGAAACGGAGCUCACAUUUCGGCACAGCCAGGACCCUUUCGUUGUCGCCUCACAGCUGACAUACUCAACUUUUGAUCUUGGCCAAGCUCCACACGAAAGGUCGCUGGUGAUCAUCGUGAUCGUUUUCUGCCUGGCUGCUUGUGGCACUUGCUUCUGGUGCUGCUUUGCGCUCAAAGCGGCCGCCUCCGCUGUCCAAUCAGACGAGAAGGUGACUUGGGAGAUGGACAAAUGA